GGAUGAAACCUAGAUUGCUUAACGAUAUUUCCAUUCUAAUUGGCUACAAGUAACCGUGACUAAUUGGUUGCUAGGGGAUACGGGGGCCUGAAAGCUGAUUGGUGGCUGUGGGAGGGAGGAGAGUAGCUUGUGGUGUAGAAAGCCCAGCUCUAAUCCAGUUGCCGCUAAGUAUGUCGGGACAGAUAGUUCUUUGGCGCUGCUUCCCUUAAACACUCACUAGCAGAGAACUACAUUUCCCACAAUGCAUCAAACACUCAGCAUUUCCCGGAAUGCAGCGGGGAGGACCCAACCCUGCUAUUGUGAUUAGCGCUGCUGUUCCGACCUGGAACUCGCGGUUCCUCACUGGGCGCUUAUCAGACUUCUAGUGAAAACGGACAGUGACCGGGACCGACUCACUUGCACUCACUGCGCUUCUCUCUGGGGCGUGUGACAGUCUCGCGAGAUGACAUUUGUGACGUUACACUCGCUGUCCGGAAGGAGCCGAGGAACUGAUCGGUAACUUCGCUCUGGUCCGGCACUGGGAAUGUUCUGCUGCACCGACACCUCUACAACUGCCUCGUCUCACCGCCAGAAAGAACAAGUGUCAGUCGUGUGCCAUGUGAUACCAUGGGGUUAGAGAAUGUGCCCAGCGAGUACAGCCCUCAGCAUGAACACUGAUAUAAUGAGAACGACCAAUCAGGAUACAGAUGAUGAUGGGGGUUUGGGCUGUUUUAGGGCGAGUGCCACCCCCAUAUCCACUUCAGAGACUGAACGGGAAAUUUCUCAAACAGCAAUCAUGGAGGAGCUGAUGUUUGGGCAGCCGGACCCAGAGUGUGGGCCCCGUGACAUGACAGGUGACCAUGAAGCAGAAGACAGGACACACAUGAGUGAUGAGGUGCAACUCCAAGCUCCACGGCGACGGAACCGCAGGGUGAGGUGUGACCCAGUGAAAGUGCCGACGGUUGUUUCUGUGGAGAUGCCGAGCAUCAGGAGCGCAGUGCAGCAUCUUCUAAACAAGCAAGAGAGAACGUUGUUGAAUUUCGGGCUCCUGGCAGGGACGGUGAAUGAGGACAAUGCUGACUCAACCACAAAGUCAAACUCGUAUAUUUGUGUUGAGUGUGGGCAGUGCUUCUCGUAUGAAGUGGCCUACGUAGAGCACCGGAAGAAUCACAAACCCUUCAUUGUGGAAGCUGGCACCCUGGGCACGGCGGGUAGUGCCACCAAGAUGAGCAGUUUGGAUCAGAAGAGAGCAGGGCGGGAGUUCAUGUGUUCGGAGUGUGGCAAAACCUUUAUUGGGAAGUCGAAUCUUAUUGUUCACCAGAGGACACACACUGGGGAGAAGCCAUACGGGUGCAUCUUCUGUGGCAAACACUUUGGGAGAAGCUCGGUCCUUAGGAAGCACGAGAGGAUUCACACGGGGGAGAAGCCAUACACGUGUCUGUACUGCGGCAAAGGCUUCAGUCAGAACUCUGGGCUGAAGAACCAUGAGAGAAUUCACACGGGGGAGAAACCCUACGCCUGUGCCCAAUGUGGGAGGCGGUUCAGCCAAAGUGCCGACCUCAUGGUUCACUACAGAACCCACACGGGAGAGAAGCCCUUCAUAUGUGUAGAGUGCGGCAACAGCUUCAUCCGCAGCUCCGAUUUGGUCAUUCACCAAAGGACUCACUCCGGCAUUAAACCCUUCAAUUGCACCGAGUGUGGCAAGAGCUUCAGCCAGAGGUCCCAGAUCAUUCGCCAUCGGAGAACCCACACGGGGGAGCGGCCAUUUACCUGCGACGUCUGCAUGAAGAGCUUCAUCCUCAGCUCAGAACUCAAGAAGCAUCAUCGGGUCCAUACAGGGGAGAAGCCCUAUAAGUGCAAGGAGUGCGGCAAGUCUUUCCGCCACUGCUCAAACAUGAGCCGCCACCAGAAGAUGCACGUGGACAUUCUGGCAACGUGAAGGAAUAUGGAGACUUGAGCCCAAGACUCUGUAAUGUUGGCCCCUGGACUGCUGCACAUUUCCCCUUAAUGCCAGUUUGUGUCAUGGAAGGGGCAAUAGGGGAUCUCAUGGCAGUCAUUAAUCUGCAAUAUACCCUCUAGAACCUAGAGUCCAGAGUGGAACCACAGUUUGGCUCCUCUGGCUGCACUGCUUCAGGCAUAUUCAUUUCUACCCGCAUUUAGUAGCACUUACAUUUACUGGAUGAGCUUCUCCCCUGGUCUCUCCUACCCUCCAACCAUACAGACUAUUGCCCCUGCUGGGAGAGCACACGCCUCUGCUCAUCCAUUCUCCUCCCAUGAACCUAUAGAAUUAUGCUCCUCCUCCUCAGCUCUGUCUAUAUAUCCACAGCAAGGCACCUAUAUCAGCACCCACUGCCCUGCAAUCUGAAAUAUAUUCAUCUUUCAACUGAAUAAAGUCAUAAUUUCUUAUCUUCUAGGUAAUCCCAUGGUCACCCCCCACAAUGCCCUUCUCUUCCCACACACGGUGCCCUUCCUCCCACAAUGCCCUUCUCUUCCCACACAUGGUGCCCUUCCUCCCACAAUGCCCUUCUCUUCCCACACAUGGUGCCCUUCCUCCCACAAUGCCCUUCUCUUCCCACACACGGUGCCCUUCCUCCCACAAUGCCCUUCUGUUCCCACACGGUGCCCUUCCUCCCACAAUGCCCUUCUGUUCCCACACACAGUGCACGCUGUGCCCUUGUACCUUGCGAUCUCCAUGAGGCCCAGCCCCACAGUUUUGAAGCUUUUCCUAAUUUGCACUGCUGGUUGUGACUGUGAGGAUUGCUUUGGUAGAGUGACAGGUCAGUAGUUGUGCAGUUUGUCGCUCUCAGUUGGGUUUUGUGUUACUUCACAGGGAGGUCCACUCCAGUUAAUGAAUAUAUUCACUGAUCUGGUUCUGCUCACAAGAACGAAACCCCUCAGUGCUGGACAGGGAGACCCAAGGCCCAAUAUAUGGAACCCACCGGCCCCUCUCUCAGCUGAGAACCUGCUCCUCCCCCCAGUUGUGUUGUUGUGUCAGCCCUGCAGUUUGUCAUGUGAUGUUAUUAAACUGUCAGUAUGAGUGAAA